AUGGCUGCGCUGCUCAGCACAUUCCCCUGGCCGGAGCGGCUGGAGGGGGACGCGGGCGAGGGGCUGUCCCCAGGGCCACCCCCCCGAGCGCCGCAGGGCGAGAAGGGCUCCGAGAGCCGCAUCCGCCGGCCCAUGAACGCGUUCAUGGUGUGGGCGAAGGACGAGAGGAAGCGGCUGGCGGUGCAGAACCCCGACCUGCACAACGCGGAGCUCAGCAAGAUGCUCGGGAAGUCCUGGAAGGCGCUGAGCCUGUCGCAGAAGCGUCCCUACGUGGAGGAGGCCGAGCGGCUGCGGGUGAAGCACAUGCAAGAUUAUCCCAACUACAAGUACCGGCCCCGUCGGAAGAAGCAGGUCAAGCGCAUCGGGAAGCGGGUGGAUCACGGCUUUCUGCUGGGCAGCCUGACCCGGGACCAGAACUCUGUGCCGGAAAAGCGGACCUGCAGCCGGGCCGGGGGGGACAAAGAGGGCCCGGGUGAGUACCCCCCCCGCCCGGGGCUGCCGGCUGUGCGGGGGUACCGGGAGGCUCCAGGCAGCGGCAGCAGCGCCAGCGUGGACACCUACCCCUACGGGCUGCCCACCCCGCCGGAGAUGUCCCCUCUGGAUGCCAUAGACCCCGAGCAGAGCUUCUUCUCCUCGCCCUGCCCCGAGGAGCAUCACCGCUCCCACCUCGCCGGUGCCGCCUUCUCCCCGGAGUACGCGGGCGGCUCUCUGCCAUGCGGCCACCACCCGCUCAGCCCCAUGCCACAGCCGGCCACCUGCAUGAUCCCCCCGGCCUCCAGCUGCCCUUCCCUUCCUCCUCCUCCUCCUCCCAGCUACUACACACCCGCCUUCCCGUCCCUGCCCCCUCCCAGCCUCCAUGCUCACCUGGGCCAGCUCUCCCCGCCGCCCGACCACCACGGCUUCGACACCUUGGACCAGCUGAGCCAAGCGGAGCUGCUGGGGGAGAUGGACCGCAAUGAGUUUGACCAGUAUCUCAACAACCCCGGCCACGGUGACCACCACGGCGGGGCCUUGGCCAGCGGGCACGUCCCGGUGUCCGGCAGCUCCCACAGCUCCGAGAACAGCCUCAUCUCCGUCCUGGCCGAUGCCACGGCCACCUACUACAAUAACUACAGCGUCUCUUAGGAGCCCAGCCGGGGCCGCCUGGACCGGCCGAGGAAGGACCCGACACUGUUCCGAGGCGUUGCUCCCUGGGGACAUCGCCCACAGCCCCUCAGGGUGACCGAGUCCGAACCACAGGGCCCUGGAGUCUCCUCGGUGCCCUAGGUAAAGGAUUUGGGUUAUUGGGUCAGCACCGUGCAAAGCCUGGAUUGCUCUGUUCCAGCC